AGCUCCAAUAUAAAUUUUUACCAAGUCAAUCUCCCUAUAUAAAUAAAAAAAAAUCUUACCUCAUUUCAAAGAAGCAACCUUUUCUUUUUCUCAUAACAUUUUGUGAGCAUUUAUGUACCUCUGAGCUUCCUUUCCAGUCUUUCCUUCUCAUCUCUCCCUUUCCAUCAAAAUUUUCUCUCUGGAAAUGGAAGAAACAGGGGAAAUGAUGCACUGGAUUUUCAAAAGGGAAGGAAUGGAAAGUGCAGAUUUUCCAGUUUGUUGUAGCUAUGGACCAGUGAGUUGGGAAGAUCCAUUCAAAUGGCAAGGUGUGAUUUUGGGGCCAUCUGGCUCUCCUUAUGAAGAUGGUGUCUUCUUUCUCUCCAUUGAUUUGCCCAAAGAAUACCCUUCCAAGCCUCCCCAUAUCAAAUUCUUAACUAAGAUUUUUCAUCCAAACAUCGAUGAAGAUGGGACAAUCUACAUUGAUAUCUUAGAAGAGGAGCAAUGGAAACCCAUUCAAACAAUUGAGACAGUUCUACUCUCCAUAUGCUCGUUGCUGGUGGAUCCUGAGCCAGUUGGCUAUUACAAUACCAGUUGUUUUCUCUACCUAAACUACUGGGACGAGUACACCCACCAAGCCAGGGAAUGGACUAGAAAAUAUGCUAUGGAAGCUCUACAAGACCUCGAUCAGGACUCUGCUGAAAUAUAAAGCUUUUAUGAGGUCAUAUAUGUAAAUAAACAUAAAUUAGCUUCUUCUUUUCUUUUUCUUUUUUUCUCUUUACCUACUCAGCUCGUCGGUUGAGUUUUGACUCGAGUUAUUAUGUAAAGUGAGACUAAAUUUUUAUCUAUCAAGGUAAUGUGAUGUAUAUUUCAAUAUGGAGUUUUCAACUUUUUGUUUGAUAUGAUAGAAUUUGUCUGUUAGGUGGUUU